AUGUCUGGUGACGACACUUAUGCGCCCAAGAGCCCCGACCUGUCGUCGUUCAACUCUGGCCCCACCCCGCCUGCGGAACCUUACGAACCUGCAGAAACCCAAUUGUUUUCAUCGCAGCAAACCCAGCCAAACUUUUCGCAUCCGCAGUCCUCUUUGGGCGGCCAUUCUUUCUCAUUAGGCUCGCGCCAGCCCCAAUUUCAAGAGCCCCAGGGACGGCAUGACCAGCUCUCAAAACCGCCACAAACUCUCACUUCGGCACGCCCCACUGACAAUUGGAGCACCACCAGCCAAGGAUUUGGAGGGACUGUCGGUGUAGGAGCAUCGUCUGGCGCGCAGCACGAAUACUACCCUCCUCGUGCAGCAAGCUUUUCCGCCACAAGUUAUUCACCACCCAGCACCGGAUACGCGGCACCACAAGUUCCGCAACAGCAACCCGCCUUCUACCAACCUCCAUACCGGGGCGCAUUUCAGCAGUAUCAAUAUCAACCACAGACAUACACUCAACCUUCACCUUAUCCGCCACACCAAUUCCAGCAUCAACCCUACCAACCUACAAACGAUUUUCUCGCCGCUCAAGUGCAGUCACAACAGCCCGACGACAUGCCCCCAAGGAGAGCAGCCGCGGCAGCCGCGGCGGCAGCAGUGGCGGCUCAGUCGGCGCCUGACGAUGCGGGCGGUGACGAGUCUGUAAGCCCCGUGCCGCCAGAAGUACCGGCAACGUCGGCUAGCGCUAUUCAAGCGGCGACUGUCAAGACCAAAUUCCCGACGGCGCGGAUCAAACGGAUUAUGCAAGCAGACGAAGAGGUUGGCAAAGUCGCUCAGCAAACGCCCAUCGCAGUGGGGAAAGCCCUGGAGUUGUUUAUGGUAGCACUGGUGACCAAAAGUGCGGAGGUAGCGCGGCAGCGCAACUCGAAACGGGUGUCAGCGCAGAUGCUUAAGCAGGUUGUUGAGGGUGAUGACCAGUGGGAUUUCUUGAGGGACAUUGUGGGCAAGGUGGAAGGUGAGGAGAAGGCCGGGAGGGGAAGCACCGCAAGUCAGAGCGGCCAGGGGAAGGUCAAGGGGGAGACUAGCGACACAGACGAAGACAUGGGCGUUGCUGCCACUGGUGAGGCAACGUCCGCGGUAAAGAAGAAGAGGGGAGGGGGGAGAAAAAAGAAAGUUCAGUGA